CCUGCCGCACCUUCAGCCUCUCCAGCCAGCAGAAAUUCCACUGGGGAAGGCGACGACGUCCAGCAACAAACCAUCACCAGUCGCCGCCUCCAAAGCCCAGCGACUCACGAAUCGCGAUUUUUCCAUUCUUUUCGCCAUCACACACACACCCACUCUUUUCCGCAUCCAGGAGAAUAACUAUCGACUUGCGAAUAUCUUGUUUUUGAUGCGUUGAGGGCCUUGCGCUCCUCCCAAGUUGAUGCGCGCGCCGCUUCUUUGUGGCGAUUUCUAAUCCGUCGCUCAUCUUCUCUUUUUUGCCCACCACUCGGUAGCUGGCUGCUGGGCAUCUCUCCCACCAAUUCUAACCCGACCACAAUCAUCAAACCAUGGCUGAUUACGCGACCCAGAGUCAGUCGUAUGGCGGCUACGGCGACGAGUUCGACGAUGACAACAACUACGAAAAUGGCGACGAGUUGGGCGUCGAUCAGGACGAGGCCGCCAUCACACCGGAGGACUGCUGGGAUGUCAUCUCGGCCUACUUUGAUAUGAAGGGUCUGGUGUCGCAACAGAUUGAUUCUUUUGAUGAAUUCACCAGCAGCACCAUCCAGUCUCUCGUCGACGAAUAUGCCGAUCUCACACUCGACCAUCCCAAUCCCGGUGACGACCAGGGCAGAGAUAUCGCCCUGCGGAGAUACGACAUUCAUUUCGGCAACGUCAUGAUCUCGAAGCCCACCCUCACCGAAAUUUCAGGCGAGACAACCAGUCUCUUGCCCUACGAGUGCCGCGACCGUAACCUCACAUACUCUGCGCCCAUGUACUGCAAGGUUUCCAAGCGCGCCCGUGUUGCCAUCAACGAGCCCGUUCCACUAAACGAGCUGGAUGAUGAGCAGCACGAGCUUAUGCGGGAGACGGGCGAGCACCCGAUGACGAUUCGAUGGGAGGAGGAAGAGAGCGACAUGCCUGGAGAGGGCUCCAAGGGGGAGAAUGAUAGGGGCGAUCUCAUUUUCCUCGGCAAGCUUCCCGUCAUGGUCAAGUCGCAAAUCUGCCACUUGUACGGCGAGGACGACGAGUCGCUCUUUGUGCUCAACGAGUGCCCUUACGACCAGGGUGGUUACUUUAUCAUCAACGGUUCCGAGAAGGUCUUGAUCGCCCAGGAGCGAUCGGCGGCCAACAUUGUCCAAGUCUUCAAGAAGCCACCAGGAGGCAGUGUCUCGUACCAGGCUGAGAUCAGGAGUGCUCUUGAAAAGGGCUCUCGUCUGAUUUCGUCGCUGCAGAUGAAGUUGCACACCAAGGCAUCCAACGAGAAGGGCAGAUUGGCCAAUACUGUGAGCGUUACUCUGCCCUACGUCCGUGAGGAUGUCUCCCUCGCCAUCGUCUUCCGUGCUCUUGGCAUUGUGUCCGACGAGGAUAUCCUGAACCACAUUUGCUACGAUCGCAAGGACACACAGAUGCUGGAGGCUUUGCGGCCUUGCAUCGAGGAGGCUUUCUGCAUCCAGGACCGAGAAAUUGCUCUGGACUUUAUCGGCAAGCGUGGCAACGGGAAUAUGGGUCAGAACCGCAUGAACCGCAUCAGGGCCGCGAAGGAUCUUCUUCAGAAGGAGAUGUUGCCCCACAUCUCACAGACAGAAGGUUGUGAAACGAGGAAAGCCUUCUUCUUGGGCUACAUGGUCAACAAGCUUCUUCAAUGCGCGCUCGGUCGCAGGGAUACUGACGACCGUGAUCACUUUGGGAAGAAGAGGUUGGAUUUGGCUGGUCCGCUUUUGGCCAAGCUCUUCCGUGGCGUUGUUCGUCGCAUGACACAGGAUCUCAUGGGGUACAUGAAGCGCUGCCUCGACACCAACAAGCAUUUCACUCUGGCCCUUGGCAUCAAGGCCAACACAUUGACAAACGCUCUCAAGUACUCGUUGGCCACCGGGAACUGGGGUGAUCAGAAGAAGGCCAUGAGCUCCACGGCUGGUGUGUCACAGGUGUUGAACCGUUAUACCUUUGCCUCCACGCUGUCCCAUUUGAGACGUACCAAUACGCCCAUCGGGCGUGACGGCAAGCUUGCCAAACCCAGACAGCUUCACAACACUCAUUGGGGUUUGGUCUGCCCAGCCGAAACGCCUGAGGGACAGGCUUGCGGUCUGGUCAAGAACUUGUCUCUGAUGUGCUACGUGAGUGUGGGUACUCCGGCUGACCCAAUCGUCGACUUCAUGACGGCCCGCGGCAUGGAUGUCUUGGAGGAGUACGAGCCGCUUCGCGCGCCCAACGCGACCAAGGUGUUUGUGAACGGCACAUGGGUGGGUGUGCACAACGACCCCAAGCAGCUCGUCACGUUGGUACAAGAUCUGAGGCGGAAGAACGUAAUCAGUUUCGAAGUGUCCCUUGUUCGGGACAUUCGCGAGCGCGAGUUCAAGAUUUUCUCUGAUGCCGGUCGUGUCAUGAGACCGCUCUUCACUGUUGAGCAAGAGGAGAAGGGCAACCACGGCGUAGAAAAGGGGCAACUUAUUCUCAACAAGGACCACAUUGCCAGGCUCCAAAGGGACAAGGAACUUGGCAAGUAUCACCCGGACUACUGGGGUUGGCAAGGUCUCCUUAAAUCGGGGGCCAUUGAAUACCUGGACGCCGAGGAGGAAGAAACCACUAUGAUCUGCAUGACCCCUCAGGAUCUGGAUGAUUUCCGCAUGACCAAGCUAGGAUUCCAUAUCGAAACCACCUCUGGCCAAGGCAACAACAGGAUCCGCACCAAGGUCAACAAGACGACACACAUGUACACGCAUUGCGAAAUCCACCCCGCCAUGCUUCUCGGUAUCUGCGCCAGUAUCAUUCCGUUCCCCGACCACAACCAGUCGCCCCGUAACACAUAUCAGUCUGCCAUGGGUAAGCAGGCCAUGGGCUUCUUCCUUACCAACUAUUCCCGCCGCAUGGACACCAUGGCCAAUAUUCUGUACUACCCACAAAAGCCGUUGGCUACCACGCGGUCCAUGGAGUUCCUCAAGUUCCGAGAGUUGCCUGCCGGUCAGAACGCCAUUGUGGCCAUCCUCUGUUAUUCUGGCUACAACCAGGAAGAUUCCGUCGUCAUGAACCAGAGCAGCAUUGAUCGCGGCAUCUUCCGCAGUCUGUUCUUCCGUUCUUACACGGACUGCGAGAAGCGGGUGGGUAUCAAUAUUGUGGAGAUGUUUGAGAAGCCAACCCGCGGUGACACGUUGAGGUUAAAACACGGGACGUACGACAAACUGGAUGCUGACGGAAUUAUUGCUCCUGGCAUCCGUGUGUCGGGCGAAGACAUCAUCAUCGGAAAGACGUCGCCCAUCAACCCUGACAAUGCCGAACUUGGGCAGCGGCAGCAGCAGCAUGUCAAGCGUGAUGCGUCGACGCCUCUUCGCAGCACCGAGAGUGGUAUUGUGGACUCGGUCGUGCUCACGACCAAUCAAGAUGGCAUGCGCUACGUCAAGGUCAGGGUGCGGACAACCAAGAUUCCUCAGAUUGGCGACAAGUUUGCGUCUCGCCACGGGCAAAAAGGUACCAUUGGACUCACCUAUCGGAUGGAGGACAUGCCCUUUACGGCCGAAGGCAUCACGCCAGACAUCAUUAUCAACCCCCACGCCAUUCCGUCCCGUAUGACCAUUGCCCAUUUGGUCGAGUGUCUGCUUUCCAAGGUGGCCACACUUAAGGGCCUGGAAGGCGACGCCACCCCCUUUACGGACGUGACGGUCGACUCGGUCUCUGACCUGCUCCGCGAGCAGGGGUACCAGUCUCGUGGCUUCGAGAUCCUGUACCACGGCCACACUGGACGCAAACUCCGGGCCCAGUGCUUCUUUGGUCCCACCUACUACCAGCGUCUCAGACACAUGGUGGACGACAAGAUCCACGCGCGUGCUCGUGGGCCGGUCCAGAUCAUGACCCGUCAGCCAGUUGAGGGUCGUGCCAGAGACGGCGGUCUCCGUUUCGGAGAAAUGGAACGUGAUUGUAUGAUUGCCCACGGCGCCGCAUCGUUCUUGAAGGAGCGUCUGUUUGAGGUGUCUGAUGCGUACCGCGUGCACAUUUGCGAAAUUUGCGGGUUGAUGACGCCUAUCGCGAACCUCACCAAGCAAUCCUUCGAAUGCCGGCCUUGCAAGAACAAGACCAAGAUUGCACAGGUACACAUGCCGUACGCGGCCAAGCUGCUUUUCCAGGAGCUCAUGUCGAUGGGCAUUGCCUCGCGCAUGUUUACCAGCAGGUCGGGUAUCUCGGUCCGCUAA